AUGACAGAUACAAAUCUCAUCAAAACCAUACCUGGCCCACAAGUCGACGGAAGAGCGACCACAACAUCCAUAUUUCCCACCUCCCAACUAACCCAAUCCCCCUUCCUCCCCAAUCUCCUCUCUACCAUCAACACCGCCUUCCGCGACUCCCACGCCCUCAAACCAGAACUUGGUCUUACGAACCACGGCGAAAGACUCAGCUCCACUCAAGAAUUCCUCUCCGCCUUAAUCAGCGAUCCCGAGUCUUUCGUUCUCAUCAUCUCUUACCCACAUGAUAGCUCUACUGUACUCGCCACUGCAAGCUGUCGAAGAUAUCACGGUCCGCCCAAAGAUAGGCCCGUCGAUGCGAAUUUACCUUGGCUCCGCACGCUGGAUGUCGCGCCAGAUACGGAGGAAUGGGAGUUGAAGUUGAUGGCGACGGAUGUUAGAGUGCAGGGUCAGGGGUUGGCGGGGUACAUGAUGAGGACUGUGGAAGGAGAGAUUUUGGAACGUUUUCAGCGGAGAAUUGAAAUGGGACGGGAAAGUAGUGGUGGUGUGGCGGCAGCAGGAUUGCCGGGAAAAGUCAAGAUGGUGAUUUGUACUCCAAUGGAGUUGAUGGGUGGAUUUUAUUUGCGCAGAGGAUAUACAUUGGAUUAUCAGAAUUGGAGAGGGGAAGGAUAUAAUUUCCAUAUUGCGUUUAUGCAUAAGAUGAUUUGGGGAGAUGGGUGAGUGUAAGAAACAAGAGUAAGGUAGGUAUGAAAGAUCUCUGGCGAUUGAUGAAUAUAGCAGCAGG